UGCGCUGAAUCGAUGAUCGAGCCAAAGAUGGAUGGACCCUUGUUAUAAACCAAAAGGAAAAACAAUAUAACCCCCGAGAAGAAGAGAAGAAGGAGGUGAGAGGCAGCAGCCAAGAGGAGCAAAGAUGGAUCUCCUGUGCGACGCGUAUUCGAAUGCUUCAGACGAAGAAAGAGAGGAACAACCCAAACGACACAAGCCAUCAUCAAACUCUUCUUCAAACCCACCAAAACCCCAUCUCUUCAUUCCUAAUCCUCACUACCCUCAAACACCACAACCUCCAAUCCCUGGAACCUACGUCUCCAAACGACAACGCGCGUCGAUGGGAAACCUCGCCGCUUCUCUCCCUAACCCUGAUCCCGCUCCUUCUUCAUUCAUACGAACAGGGAGUAUCUUGGAUGUUGAUACACCCCAUAGCAUUUUAUCAUUGCUGAAAAGCAAAUCAAAGGGUCAUCAAAACCUAAACCCAAGAUCUGAAAAGCUAUCUGCAACUCUAUAUGGCCAUACAAAAGCUGUCAGUGCUAUACAUUGGUCAUCAACUCAUGCUCACCUCCUUGCAUCUGCUGCGAUGGAUCAUUUGGUUUGCAUAUGGAAUGUAUGGAGUAGAGAUCAGAAGAAAGCAUGUGUGCUAAACUUCCAUAAUGCUGCCGUGAAAGAUGUCAAAUGGUCUCAGCAAGGGCUCUUUCUACUUUCUUGUGGAUAUGAUUGCACAUCAAGGUUAGUUGAUGUUGAAAAGGGGAUAGAAACCCAAGUUUUCAGAGAAGAUCAAAUCAUUGGAGUUAUAAAGUUCCACCCCGAUAAUUCAAGUCUCUUCCUUUCUGGAGGAUCAAAGGGCCACAUCAAACUAUGGGAUAUUAGAACUGGCAAAGUAGUGCAUAACUAUGAUCGGAAUUUAGGACCGAUUCUUGAUGUUGAAUUUACAACGAAUGGGAAGCAAUUCAUUUCUUCUAGUGAUGUAUCUGGGAGCAAUCUCAGUGAGAAUUCUAUUAUUGUUUGGGAUGUGUCACGACAGGUACCAUUGUCUAAUCAGGUUUAUGUAGAAGCUUAUACCUGUCCCUGUGUAAGGUGCCACCCAUUUGAUCCUGUUUUUGUCGCCCAAUCAAAUGGGAAUUAUGUUGCAAUCUUUGGUACCACGCCGCCUUACAGACUCAACAAAUACAAGAGAUAUGAGAACCAUGGGGUUUCUGGGUUCCCAAUUAAGUGUAAUUUCAGCAGGGAUGGCAAGAAACUUGCAUCUGGCUCUUCAGAUGGUUCUGUUUACCUUUAUGAUUAUCACUCAUCUAAAGUUGUGAAGAAAAUCAAGGCCUUUGACCAAGCAUGCAUAGACGUUUCGUUUCACCCAGUUAUCCCUAAUGUUAUUGCUUCAUGCUCAUGGGAUGGAGGUAUUUUGGUAUUUGAGUAGAGUUACCUAUUGUCAUCCCAAUUCCAGGGUAGUGAAGGGUUAUGCAUUUAGUUACCUGCAAGAAAAUGGUUUGGAAUCCGAAAGGAAAGGAAAAGAGCUUUCCCUCAGUUUAUGUAGGCUGUUUCUGUGUUGUUAGUUGUUACGGAUACUUAAUGAUUAUGAAAACAUGUGUAUUCGUUGCCUAAAUGUUUGCUUAACACUUUUUAAUUUUAGUUACUAUGAGAGAAAAUGAUUUGUAGGGAUCA